GGACUAGCAGCAGCAAUCACCUCGUCCCUCGUGUAGUGCAUCUUAUCAGUGCAGGUUGAAAGUGACUUGAACGCUUCGUUAGGCCAGUAACGCAUCCAAACGCAGCAGUCCCAGUGCAUGAUGUGUGAAGUCGUUAAGUGCGGUGCAGAAUAAUGUGCAGCUUGAUGUGCUCGAUGAAUGAUGAGUUUGGGUGAAUGUUGAUUGAAGUGCGUACAGCAUCAUGCACGCGUCACUGAGUUUAUUGGCCAAUGCUCUCAAUUACUAGGCGCGAAGGCGUGCGUAGCAAGUGAUUUCGCUUAGGUUUACGCUUAGCGUGCAUGCGUGGUCCAGCAGAGCGGAGAGACAAGUGCGUUAUUGUGCGAAACCGGUGGAAGGAAUGAUCGAUCGAUCGGUUAAUCGAUCGUAGCCGUUCGGAAUUGAUUGUUUGCAUGAGUGAAGACCUCUCUGACCAGACAGGUUAAGCAGCAGAGCAGGUUAAGAAUAUGGUGAAACCGGCGGCUAGGAUAGUGAUCAAGUUUUUAGAAUUACUAGGUUGUGUGGCGUGCGUUAUUACGAAGAUCAUCACCGAUCAUGAGUCACGGCGAGUGUUUGUGAGAAAUCAGAAGCUAUCGCGCGAAUGGAGCCUGAUACACAACAUAACCUGGAGCAGCGGGGGAAAUGCAUUUACGAACAUCGUUUACGGUGGCUACACGAUAGUCAUCGCACUGAUGUUAAUUACAAGAUGCGUCGACGCCAAGUCACGUCCGAAUCUGUUCGAGAAGAUCGUGCUCUCGCUGGGGACACUAUUGUUUUUUGCUGCAGGUGGGCUGGUGUUCGCUUCCAUCGAUCAGGUCCAUCCGGAUCUGCACGAUAACGCCAUCAUCCUCGGUUGCCUCUCGUUUCUGGUGGCCAUACUGUUCGUUAUCGAUCUGGCCGAUCCGCUGGCACGCAUGACGGCCCACAUGACGCAGACGGACACUUCGAGCCUUCCCCGUGGCACCGAUGUGACCGAUCGGGCAUCGAUCAAGAAGGACGUAGCGACCGACACCGAGCAGGCACCGAUUUUCGUCGUCUCCAAGGCAGGCGAAACGGAAAAUCAGCAACCUCCACAUGCGAACCACCAUCAGCCUCAUCAUCAUCAUCAUCAUCAAUCACCGCACGGACGACCUUCGAUGGUCGACGAGUAUCGAGAUGAGCGGACACACCUGAACCGCAGUGCCGAGUCAAUCGUCGAGCGCAAAGUGUAUCCCUCGGCCCAAGUGCCCGUGUUUGCGCAUGUCCGGGCACCGGAAGAGAGCCGUCGGAUAGCGGGUAAGGAGAUCCAGUAUCUUCCACGGACCACGGACUAUCGGGAUCGGCGAGCGUAUCGUGACGCAGGACCGGGGGCGCACACGGCCUCCAAUCGUCAUUCCACCGCACCGCACCAUCAACAGCCCUCCGGUGGGCCCGGUUAUCACGAUAAUGAUUCGUUCGUCGAGGAUAUACUCCCUUCACGGCGCAGCACCUACGUACCGGCGGAUAAGUUCGAUCAGGAGGCGAUGCAGAUGAGUGCAGCGGGUGCAGGCGGGCACAAUCCGGCCACAAUGCGGUCCCGGCCACCACCGCCCGCCAAACCGAUGAGCAUCAUUCGGACGAACUUGAGCCGCUCGAACCAGAGCUCACCGACGGAUUCGAACUGUAGCGGGUGUCGGUGUUCGCAGCGUAGCACCAGCACCCGGAGGAUCGAGGACGGGCCGGGCGAUGAGUUUGAUACACCGAUACGGCCCGGGUUUGUGGCGAACGCGGCCAAAAAGUGGGAUGAUCGGGCGCGGAGUAAAAGCCAACCGAUAAUCGGACUCAACACGAUGGUGUGAUGGAUGGAUGGUGCGCGCGCACGUGCCCGCAGGUUUGGUUCAUGAGUUUCAGUUCUUUCAAGUAUUGUGCGUUAAG